UCUCGUGCCAAUCUCAGCAAGCAAGUCGAGUUCAUUUACUCACUUCUUUUCCUUCCUCCCAGUCAACCAGCAAGCAAGCAAGAAACGAAGAAUUCACUUUUUGAAUAUUUCUUCAUUAUUCUUAGUGAAAGAAUAUUCAUCAUCAUCCACAAUGGAGUUAGAUGACAUGUCAUUCGGCGUUCAAGAGGUCACAGUCAUUUCAGAAAAUGGAGCUGGAUUUGGAGCAGGAUCGGAAGUUAGGUUGGACAUACUGUCUGAAUUGGAUGAUGUCGUGAAUAAUAUUAUUGCAAGCGUAACAAGUCCACCGAGCAAAAAAUUGAAAGAAACCGAGGAAGUAGGAAUGGAAAUUGACCAGAAUGUAGAGGAAGAAUUACUCUGCUCGGAAGAGAAGCAGGCGAUGAUGCACCAGGUCCGAAGGAUGAGUCGGAAGGAUCUCGAAGACUUGGUUUUGACCAAAACCGUCGAAGCCAUUUCAAAGCACUCGGAAGUUGGGAAAUACAGAACAAAGAUAUUGGAAUUUGAGCUACACAAGGAAAAACUGCAGAACAAAGUGGUGCAGCUUUUAACUCAGAUCAAUCAAAUCGGAAGAUGUGUAAAGACGCUAUUAGAUAAUCGAGACCCAAACAAUUUGAAUCCGGAUAAGAAACCGCCACCACCAAUCCGGUAUUGCCGUUCAGUUGGAUUGCAAGUCACGAUCGAACCUUCUGUAAGGAACGAAAUGUCGAAGGCCAUCCAUGUCAACCACGUUAACGGUGUCUUGGAAAAUGGUGUUAAACUACUCAAUGGAGCUAUUCCUUUUAAGAAACCUGGGCCCAAGUCACUCACCCAACCCAGAGCUAUUGAUAAUAAUAACAACAAUGUUCGCUCACAAACGGUGGCCAAUCAAAUGAAUGGUCACCUCGUCCAAGCCAAAGCUGUCACCAGCAUCACUGUACCAUCAAGGUCUGUAUCUUUACCCACAGUUGUCGACAUAUCUGAGUGCGGUUUUGUUCCGAGUCCCAGGCCAAGUGAGGAUAAUUCUGGUUUGUUCAAAUUGACAAAUAAUCGUGCUCCGGGAAGUCAUCAGCUACUUCUGAAUGGCCAAAGCAGACACACCCAAGUAGCUCCGACUGUGUCGACUGGGCAUCGACUUGUGUCCGUCAUCAGACCUGGACUGUAUACCGAACCGAUCCAGAUCCAAUCACGAGCACCAGUCGGACUCGAGCCACCAAUCCGUCCGGCUGCCUUCAUACCGCAGAGGCCACAAAAUCGACAAGAAAUUAAUAGGCCAAUGAGGGUUCAUUUGCCAUCUCUGCCACCGCCCCCAGUCGUUAAUUUGCCUCACGGCAAAGUUAUGAAGGAACUGCCCCCACGAACUAUAUUGACACCGAAAAAAGAACCAGAGGGGAUCGUCCUCUCAUGGAAAAUGCCACUGAUGCAAAGGCACGAAGAAAUCGCAUUGUAUCAGAUUUACGCCUGCCAAGAAUCACUAGCUUCAGGAAGAACUUCGUGCUGGAAAUUUGUGGGCGAUGUGGAUGCUCUUCCGUUACCAAUGGCGUGCACUUUGUCUCAGUUUGCACAUGGGCCAGGAAACCGAUAUUUCUUUAUUGUUCGAGCCGUUGAUAGAUUUGGAAGGACUGGUGCAUUUUGCGAACCUGGUCCAAUUACUGUAUAAAAGAAUAAGUAAUUAAUUCUCACAUUUAAUUUGUAACCUUAGAUUGUUGAAAAAAGGAUGAAUGUCUUUGUCUCUGUUAGCAUGGGCGAUAAGCUGAAAAAUUGUAAAGUAAAUUUGUUAAAAAUGCGUAUGUGUACAAACUCCAGACUUAACUUUGUUACUUAAGCACUCAUUUUUUUUAAUAAGAGCCAAGAUUACUCGUUUUUUGUUCAAAGUUAAAUAAAGCAUUGAGCUGAUAUUACAUA